GGCCGGUUUGUUGACAGGAAGCGUUUGAAGCGGAAUCACUACAACCUCCCUGUGCUUGUAGUUUAGCCUGACAAACAGAGGGUUCCCCAUUCGUUCAUCCCCCCUGUCGGUGUGUGGACUUAUAAAUUAUGCGUUGUAAGAUCGUACCGGGGCAAAGAUGCAAUGGAGGUCAAUAGUAGUUGGCCUGGUCGUACUGAGACUCUCCCUCAGCUGUGUGCUGUGGCUAGCCUUCGGACUGGGACCUAACGUUAGCUGGGGGUUCAACUUCCACCUCAGUUUCAAUUUGCACAAAUUGGAUUUGUUGUUCCGGGAGGAAAAGGGAACCGAGCCGAAGGGAAACUCGUGGUCCCAGCGACUACACGGGCAGAGAUAUGAAGAGACGGCGACCACCUGUGCGAAGGUGGGACAGGAGUCACCUAAGAGAUCUUACCUGAGCUUCUUCGAUGGCAACAAGGACGAGUACGUCCGGAGAUACAGCUCCUUUCCCGACACGCUGAAAGUGAAAAUGAAGGACAUGGCUAAAGAAAUGUUCUAUUUCGGAUAUGACAAUUAUAUGAAAUAUGCCUUUCCCGAGGACGAGCUGAAUCCCAUUGACUGUGAAGGGAGGGGACCAGACGUGCUAAACCCGUCAAACAUCAACAUAAACGACGUCUUGGGGAACUACUCUCUGACGUUAAUUGACACCUUAGACACUCUGUUGGUGCUUGGCAACGUGACAGAGUUCCACAGAGCCGUCAAGCUGGUUAUAGAUACUGUAUCUUUUGACAAGGACUCAACUGUGCAAGUUUUUGAGGCAAACAUCAGGAUCCUGGGAAGCCUUAUCUCAGCUCACAUCCUGCUGACUGACCCAAAACAUCCAUUUGGCAAGGUGGGGUUUGAAGGUUACGAUAAUGAGCUGCUUCACUUGGCUCAUGACCUGGCUGUCCGCUUACUGCCGGCCUUCGAGAACACCAGCACGGGCAUUCCUUACCCCAGGGUGAACCUGAAGAACGGUGUCCCUCCUGAUAGCAUCAAUGAGACGUGUACUGCAGGAGCUGGGUCCCUGCUGGUGGAGUUUGGGAUUUUGAGCCGCUUGAUUGGCGAUUCCACAUUUGAGUGGGUGGCCAGACGAGCUGUCAGAGCUCUGUGGAACCUGAGGAGCAAUGAAACUGGUCUGUUAGGAAAUGUUGUUAAUAUCCAAACAGGCCAGUGGGUUGGCAAGCAGAGUGGCCUUGGAGCUGGUAUGGACUCUUUCUAUGAGUAUUUGCUCAAAUCGUACAUCCUUUUUGGUGAAAAAGAGGACUACAGGAUGUUCCAAGCUGCUUAUGAUAGCAUACAGAACCACCUAAGGAGAGGGAGAGAGUCUUGUAACGAAGGAGAGGGAGACCCACCUCUCUAUGUUAAUGUGAACAUGUUCAGCGGUGAGAUCAUGAACACCUGGAUUGACUCCCUUCAGGCCUUCUUUCCUGGGCUGCAGGUGCUGAAUGGCGAUGUAGAUAAUGCCAUUUGCCUGCACGCCUUCUACUAUGCCAUCUGGAAGCGAUUUGGAGCUUUGCCCGAGAGAUACAACUGGCAGCUGCAGGCUCCUGAUGUGCUCUUCUACCCCUUAAGACCAGAGCUGGUGGAGUCAACCUACCUGCUGUACCAGGCGACCAAAAAUCCUUUCUAUUUGCAUGUUGGAAUGGAUAUUCUUCAGAGCCUUGAGAAAAAUGCCAAAGUCAGAUGUGGGUACGCCACUCUCCACCACGUCGUGGACAAAUCCAAAGAAGAUCGCAUGGAGAGCUUCUUCCUCAGUGAGACCUGCAAAUACCUUUACUUGCUGUUUGACGAAGACAACCCACUUCACAAAUCCGAUAACAAGUACAUCUUCACUACAGAGGGCCAUGUUGUGCCUAUAGACAAGCGCUUCAGGGAGAAACAGUGGAACGACUUGUUUCCAUGUGAGGAGGGGGCACUGGCAGAAAGAGAGCCAAAUGCCCGGCCACCUCCUAGCAACAUCAGCAAUUGUGACAGGAUCCCAGAGGAGCGACGGUACGCUCUGCCAUUGAAGAGUGUCUACAUGAGGCAGAUCGAUCACAUGGUGGGACUUUUCUGAGUAAGAGGACGCAUGUUGUGACGGUGGCACACACCAGCCUUCAGUACACGUCCUGAGGUGCAGAUGAAGUAAGUUAGAGAUCCACUGCUGUUCACAAUCCUCGUCCUGUCUGUUUCGCUGCUCAGGAUCCAGACAGGAAACUGACACUAAGGGAAACCUGAGAAAGCAGUUUGAUUACUUGCUGUAUUAAUUAAAAAGUGCGUGUGGGUGUUUCUGCUCUUUCAUGCGCGAGCAUGCCAUCAACAGAGACGAACAACUUCUCUGCUGGAAAACGAGGAGUCAUGCUUCAUUACUUUCUGGCCGGUGAUGAAUUGAGAUUGUGGUUUUAGAAUAACUGGUGUGUUUCUGUGGAGCAAAAAAAUAAUGUCUGUUCAAGUGUGUGUUCAGGUAUGAGUGUGUAUGCAUUGUGUGUAUGUGAUGAAAUUACAGCUAAGCUGUGAAUCACAAUAUUGUGUUUAUGGGAACAGUGCCAUCUAGCCACACAUAUGUAAAAUAGACAGCCUAUAAAAACUCACCUCUAAAAUUUUUUCUCUAAACAUGAUGAUUAGUGCCUCUUUGCAGUUGAUUCACUUGACCAGAUCAGUGCUUUUACAUAAGGGCUGCACAUAAACAGAUGAUAACAGGUGAUGACUUAUGCACACACUAACUCUGCUUGUUGUGAGGUUGUAUGUUUUAGAUUGUGCCUGUAGAAGCUUUGUUGGUCUUUUGUAGGCCUGAGGCCGGUGUUGCAACAGUUGUCACGUCUCUCUCCCUCUACUCGAUUUGCUUUUCCUUCUGUUUGCUGAACAGGAUUAGCCACAUUGCAGCCGUUUUAGAAAAGCUUCUGUCUUACCUUUGGUUUUGCACAUUUGUCAAGUAAAACUUAACAGGGAGUAACAGAUGACAUGAAACCAAACUGCUUCCUGCCUGUUAGCUGUAGACACAUUUCUGGUAAGUGUUCAUCUCUCAGGCUUCUACUUACUCAAUGUCUUACAAAGGGCAAACAGAUGUGCUGUGACUGUGUGAGAGAAAGGUUCGGGAUGACUCUCAAUGUUUUAAAGUGCCUUCAAAUUUGUCAGUCAUUCUGGAUGCUGUACAGUGCAUAUCAGUUGGGGUUAACGUUGUUGAGUAUUUUUUUUUUUUUUUUUUUUUUGAGGCCACUGUUGAUAUUGCACAAUAGGUGUCAUUCCAUGUGUAUGUACAGUUUUACACUGAUUAUGACAUAAAGCUCCUUUUUUUUAGACAUGACAAAAACAAGCCAUAAGAUGUAUUUUUAACAUUAAUAAGUGAAAACAUAUUAGUUUUUCAUAAUUUUUCUGUCAGUCAUACUUCGUAACACAGACCCUCCUGCAUAGUUUCUGAUUUGUUCUUUAGAGAGGAUGGAAGCUGUCAUUUGCUGUUUCGCUUUCACGUAAUUGCACAUCAUAUCUAAUAAUUGUCAUGUGGUGAGAACUCAGGGUUUAAAGGAAAAACAAAAAUCAAUGAAUGCUUUUUGUAAAAAAAAUAAUAAAUUCUUGAAAUGU